AGGAUGGCAUGUUGACUCUCCCAAAGAUGUGGGCAGGGUGCUAGGCUCACCAGCUUCGUGAGAGCAGAGAUCUGGACCCUGAGCUCAGCGUACUCAGAUCCUGAGACUUCCACCCACCACUCCACCUGCAAGCUUCAUCAUGGCCACACAGAAUGUAAACACUAGUUUUGCACCCAACUUCAACCCAUCCCAAGACCAUGUCUCCUCCUUUCCCUUCAACUUCAGUUACGUUGAUUAUGACCUCCCUCUGGAUGAAGAUGAGGACAUGACCAAGACUCGGACCUUCUUCGCAGCCAAGAUAGUCAUCGGUAUCGCACUGGCUGGCAUCAUGCUGGUUUGCGGCAUUGGCAACUUUGUCUUCAUUGCUGCUCUCGCCCGCUAUAAGAAGCUACGGAACCUCACCAAUCUGCUCAUUGCUAACCUGGCCAUCUCUGACUUCCUGGUGGCCAUAGUCUGCUGCCCCUUCGAGAUGGACUACUAUGUGGUGCGGCAGCUCUCCUGGAAGCACGGCCAUGUGCUCUGUGCCUCUGUCAACUACCUGCGUACAGUAUCACUCUACGUCUCCACGAAUGCUCUGCUGGCCAUCGCUAUUGACAGAUAUCUCGCUAUCGUUCACCCCUUGAAACCACGGAUGAAUUACCAAACGGCCUCCUUCCUCAUCGCUUUGGUCUGGAUGGUGUCCAUUCUCAUCGCCAUCCCAUCUGCCUACUUCGCAACCGAAAAGGUCCUCGUUAUCGUCAAAAACCAGAAAAAGACCUUCUGCGGCCAGAUCUGGCCAGUGGACCAGCAGCUCUACUACAAGUCCUACUUCCUCUUCAUCUUCGGGGUCGAGUUUGUGGGCCCCGUGGUCACCAUGACCCUGUGCUACGCCCGGAUCUCGCAGGAACUCUGGUUCAAGGCCGUCCCCGGUUUCCAGACGGAGCAGAUCCGGAAGCGGCUGCGCGGUCGCCGGAAGACGGUCCUGGUGCUCGUGUGUAUCCUCACCGCCUACGUGCUGUGCUGGGCGCCCUUCUACGGCCUCGCCAUCGUGCGUGACUUCUUCCCCGCCGUGUUUGUUAAGGAGAAGCACUUCCUCACGGUCUUCUACGUCGUGGAGUGCAUCGCCAUGAGCAACAGCAUGAUCAACACCGUGUGCUUCGUGACGGUCAAGAACAACACCAUGAAGUACGUCAAGAGGAUGAUGCGGCUCCGCUGGCGCCCCUCCCACCACGGGAGCAAGUCCAGCGCAGAGCUCGACCUCAAAACCAGCGGCGUGCCGGCCACGGAGGAGGUGGACUGUAUCAGGCUGAAGUGACCCCCUGGUUUCUCACAAUUGAACAUCCAAAAGCCAGUACUUCGAGGAAAACUUGUGGAUAGCCAAGUUCAUGGGCUGCGUGCGGAAAGGGCAGCUGUGUUCAUGCCUCUCUGCCCUCAAGCAACCGGAUGCUUCUCAGUCAUAACAUGGAAGGAGACCCUACAUGAAUCACAGCAGCUGACCUUGACUGACACCUGCUCAGCACCUACUGUAUGCACAAGCACGCCAAUAACUGACAUUGAACAUCUGUGUGCUAGCCACACCCACGAGAUUAGACUGCAGUGAUCGGCAAACUCAUUAGUCAACAGAGCCAAAU